AUGAGACAUCAGCUGCUCACCUCGCUUAGUGCGACCGUUCUCGGGCUCACUGCAACCGUAUCCGCCAGCCCGCUAAUGAAGCACGAUGAUUCUUGCCCACCUGGGUACACUGUGAGCGUGUACUAUGAGACCGUGGCUAUUGCCCUCACUACGACACCAAGCCCGACGCCUGCGAUGGCCGCAAGUGCUAUAAUCACCGAUACUUCCAUUGAAACACCGACUACUACGUACCACAAUGCUGUAUCGACUUCUUCUACCCUGACCUCUUCAUCUGUGGCUUCGAUCCCCGAGACCACUGUUCAAAACCAAGAGCAGGUUGCCAAUGUUGCUACAUCAACCUCGCAUGCUGUCCAGGAUCUGAUCCCUUCCACCACGGUGGCCCCUGUGGAAUCUUUUGCAACCUCAUCUGCCUCUACUAUUUCUACUAUCAAUGUAGAAACGUCUUCUUCUUCUUCGUCAUCCUCCUCGUCGACAUCCUCGUCGACAUCCUCUUCGACUUCCUCUGCGUCUUCGUCUAAGGAAACUGCCGGGACAGCAACCUACUACGGCGGUAACCUCUCAGGUGGAACCUGCUCCUUUUCUGACUACACAUUACCCAGUACUCUCUUUGGUACCGCACUGUCGAUUGACCAAUGGGACGACGCCGCCAACUGCGGCGCAUGUGUUGCUGUCAAGGGGCCUAACGGAAAAACCAUCAAAGCAAUGAUUGUCGAUCAAUGCCCCAGCUGCGCAACAAACCACUUUGACCUAUUCGAGGAUGCCUUUGGUGAGAUAGCAGAGAUAUCGGCCGGCGUCAUCGAUAUCGAUUGGGAGUACACCUCCUGUGAAUUGGAUGGUGCUCUGAAGCUGCGCAAUAAAUCUGGAUCAUCACAAUACUGGUUUUCCAUGCAGGUCGUCAAUGCUAAUGAGCCCGUUUCUGCACUCGAAGCUAGUACCGAUGGAGGUAGUACUUGGAUUGCUACUACCCGUACAUCUUACAACUACUUUGAGUACACUUCUGGCUUCGGUACGGAUACUGUUGAUGUGCGUGUGACAGGUAGUAGUGGAAACACAGUGAUAGUGGAGAACGUCUCGUGCUCUACUACCUCCGAGAUUAUCGCGGACUCAAACCUGUAA